AUGAAUACUAGAUCAUUUUUUAUUAUUGCAGCGCUAUGUUUAGUAUUCAUUCAGACAGUACUGGCAGACAUUUACUCUCAACUUCAAUUCAUUAAGAUCGUUUCACCAAAGAAUGGUCAAGAUAUCGAAGCUGGUAAACCCCUUGUCGUCAAAUACGUUAUGCAACCACUUAUUGUAAACCAUGUUGCUGCUGGAAGAGCAUUAAAGCUCAACGUCAACUUCCACAAGAGAACAGGAAAUGCCAAGGAACAAAAGCUUGCUAUCAUUCACAAGUCAUGUCCUGUUACAGCUAAAGAAAGCAAGUAUGUCACUUACACUAAGAAAUGGACAGUUCCCAAGGGCACCAAGCCUGGAUCUUAUGCUGUUGACUUUGUUGAAUUAGUACAACUUCGUCGUGGUCAAAUUACUGUCAAGGAAACUGUCAAAGUAAAUGUUGUUGAAUAA